UUUGUUCUCUCUCUCUCUUUCAACGUUCCCGUGAAAAAUAUUGCGCAAUCGUUAAAAGAUCUCAUUCGCACUUCAGAUUUGACCGGCUUUUCGAUUCUUCUUCCUAAAAGAUCAAAGCUUUUUAUUCUGGGUUAUCUUCAAUCCGACGAAUUUCAAAGACAUUGGAUUUGUCGGAAAGUGAUCGAGGAAGAGAGAGAACCACUGUGUGGAGGCAAGCGAAAAUGGAGGUGAAAGCGAGAGCUCCGGGGAAGAUCAUACUCGCCGGAGAACACGCCGUCGUCCAUGGAUCCACCGCCGUCGCCGCCGCCAUUGAUCUCUACACCUACGUCACUCUCCGCCUUCUUCCUCUUCAAUCAGGUGAAAACGAUGAUAAGCUCACACUCCAGCUCAAGGACAUGGCGUUGGAGUUCUCAUGGUCCAUGGCGAGACUCAAGGAACUGAUGAAUUACACAAACAUCCCCUGUCCUUCGACGCCCUCUUCAUGUUCAAGCCAGUCACUUAAAUCCAUUGCCGUUUUGGUCGAAGAGCAGAAUAUUCCCGAGGCAAAGAUCUGGCUUUCGUCUGGAAUAUCCACGUUUCUCUGGCUAUACGCCCAUAUCAUAGGGUUCAAACCUGCUACUGUGGUUGUCACUUCUGAGCUCCCUUACGGUUCUGGUCUUGGCUCAUCCGCAGCUUUAAGCGUAGCUCUCUCGGCUGUGCUCCUAGCGGCUUCAAACGCUGUAUCUCUUGACGAAACCCGUGAUGGGUGGUCUGUUCCUGACAAAACCAGCUUUGACUUGCUGAACAGAUGGGCGUUCGAAGGCGAGAAGAUCAUCCAUGGGAAACCCUCCGGCAUCGACAACACCGUCAGCACAUACGGUAACAUGAUCAAGUUCAGAUCCGGAGAGUUAACCAGGUUGCAGUCAAACAUACCGCUGAGAAUGCUCAUCACCAACACGAGAGUGGGACGGAACACGAAAGCCUUAGUAGCAGGAGUCUCGGAGCGAGCCCUGAGGCACCCAGAGGCCAUGGCCUCGGUGUUCAAUGCCGUGGACUCAAUAAGCAAAGAACUAGCAGCCAUCAUCCAGUCUGACGAGAAGGGCGAGAGUUCCUCCAUAGCUGAGAAAGAAGAGAAGAUCGAAGAGCUCAUCGAGAUGAACCAGGGACUGCUCCAGUCCAUGGGGGUGAGCCAUGCCUCGAUCGAGACUGUGCUCAGGACCACUCUCAAGUACAAGCUCGCCUCCAAGCUGACAGGAGCUGGAGGCGGAGGCUGCGUCCUCACUCUCUUACCGACCCAUGUUUCAGGGAAGAUGGUGGACAAAGUGGUGGAGGAGCUGGAGUCGAAUGGGUUGCAGUGCUUCACGGCGUCAAUUGGCGGCAGUGGCGUCCAGAUAUGCGCUCGGGAACCAAACUGAACUGAACUCAGCGUAAAGAGUUUCUUACCAAAGUGGAUUAGAUUUUUUUUUUUUUUUGCCUCUCUUCCGCAAAUGUUAAUUUGGCGUCGACAGCAUUUUAGACUGAGCGAUUGAUUGCUCUCUCUCAUGUAUUAAAGCGCAACCCAUCCUGGGGAAUCGGCCUGUCUGUCAUAUUUCUAUUUUUAGUUUCAGUUUUUAUUUACUAA